UCUCCAUCAUUGCCCAUCAUCGCCCCAGCUGUGGCGAGUGGCGAGCAAAUGUCCGCCGUUAUGGUUAAGUCCUAUUUGUAAACGGUAAACUUGUUACCCCCUCACGGCCCACCGUUUGAUGCUGAAAGCCGUUGUUCGCGGAACGAUCAGGCCGUCUGUGAAAUUCGCGAUACUCGUUGAGUUUUCCUAGCGAUAUUCGAGCAUCCAGACGCACUCGUGUCGUGUUUACGCAAUGGAAUACGACGAGCCUUCGGACGUCGAGAUGGUGCCUAUCGAGGAAAUAGAGAUGGCCAGGGCAACUUUAAAGCCAGAAUCACAGAUACAGACAUCGGACAGCAACCCUGAAAGGUCCGCGGACACAUUCACAACGGGCAUCGAUAUAUUCAGCAAGGAGGAAAGAUUGAAGAUGGAGGAGCGAGCGAAGCGUUUCGGGUUGACGGAAAAAUCCAAGGAAUCAAAUCUAGAAGAGGAUCUGUACAGCAGCAUGGAUAUCGUGGACGAUGGCGAAAACGCGAAGAACAUCAGGUUGAACGUAAUACACAUGAGAGGGACUGAGGAUAUGAGCACCAAAGAUGUAUUCACAUAUUUUCAAGAUUAUGCUCCAACGUCGAUCGAAUGGAUCAACGACGUGUCAUGCAAUGUUGUCUGGUUCGACAAAGUAACGGCAGCCAGAGCUAUGUUGGGAUUGUCCAAAAAAAUUGUAGGUAGCAUUGCAAAAUAUUCAGAUCGAGAGAACAAUGACUCCGAGAACAGGAAAGACGACGUAGCGAUGGCAGAUGAGGAAAAUGAGUCGAUCGAGGCAGAUAAAAAUGGAAAGGACGAUAAUUGCAUAAACAUUAAAGAUAUCGAUUAUCCGCUACCUCCUGGUGUAUGGAGGAAAGGUGUUGAUUAUCCAAAAUCUAAAGGAAUCUUCUUGAGAUUCGCCACCAGAGCGGAUAAGAAGCCGAUUAAUGCGGAAAAGAGAAGCGAAUAUUACAAAAAGUACGGAAAUCCCAACUUUGGAGGUGUCAAAGGAAUUCUAACGGAAUCUCGUAAGCGCAUGUACAAGCAGACGAAGCAAAAUAAACGCAGAUUAUCGAUCGAGGACAAAGAUCAAGAUCAGACAAAAAAUCCAUGGGGCGCGUUGUCCGAGACGUGGGGCUUGAACGAUGUCGUGGAGGAUGAUUUUCUUCCAAAGAAUGGUGUUAAGGACGUUAAGGACGUCAAGGAUCAAGGACGUAGCAUAAAGGAAAGAUUGGGUCUCAAAUAUCCGGAAAAGGAUACGACGCAAGUGGAGGAAUCGGGUGAGGCCAGUUCCAGUAGCGAUAGCGACGAGAAUUGGUAUAAACGAAGUAAAAUUCCCCGCAUGCGAAUGCACGCCGAUGACGAGGAGGAAAAGGUACAGAAGCGUCGGGCGAAGCUUCGAUUCCAAAUGAUUCUGAAUAACUUGAAUAAGAGCGGUGACUUGCGAUCAAAGUUGGGAAGGCCGAAAACGAAAACGCAGUACCGCGAGCCCAUUCAAGUAGUGGUCACAAAUACGAACGCAACAAAUUCGAAACGCGAUAACUCUGGGAUAAUUCGGCAGCAGAGCCAUCAGAUUGUGAAAGAGGUACAAUCGUCGGAAAGAGAAGAGGGAGAAUGGCAAGAAUCAGAAGACGAGGAUGUUCAUGAAGAAGAAGACAAUGAGGAACAGAGACAUGGCCAGCGUGGUCUGAUGAACGCGGAGGAAGAGCGAGAGGAAGGAGAAGAGGAGGAAGAAGGUGAACACAAGGAGGAUGAAGAAGAUAGUAGCGAAGAGGACAGCGACGUGCCUGCUAAGGAGAUUCAGGGUCCUAAGGGAAGUGUGAUAAAGGUAGUCCCGCCCAAGCCACGCAUUGCUUCCACUGUAUGGGCGAGACUAAAUAAUACGAAAAACGAGACUAGUGACAGCUAUUUGAAAAAGAGGCCGUCAGGCAGCCGCGACUUGAGGAGUACCUUAAAGGGCGGUGAUCUGCGAUCGCGUAUCGGAAAUCAUACCAGAGGACGUUCUCCAUUGAGAAUAGAAGUGAAAAACGAUAAAUACACAAGAGACGAUAGUGACGGAGAGUGAUCCCUAUACGAACGAACUAAUUGUUCAAAAGCUCGAAACUUGUAAAAAAAGUGCGCUCAUUAUUCAGAUGUCUUGAAACUUUUUCAUAAUAUUUUAUAUCGACUACGGUGGAAUAGUUGUAAAUUAUAUGUGGGUAUAUAUAUAUAUAUAUAUAUAUAUUCAACAAGUUUACAUAAUUUACGAACCUAAGUUUUUCUAUUUUUAUCAUUGAAAAGAUUGCGAUUAUUUUUACGUACACUGCCCGUCAACGAUUCCUGAGAUAAGGGAAGAACAUAGAAGCAGUCUGUGCGUUCCCUUUUACAUCAGGAAAGGGAUCGUUAACGGGCAGUGUACACGCAUGUAUUAUGAGAAAAAUAUUAGCGUGUAAAAAAAACUUUUGUUUCAUAUUAUACCGUUAAUGACCGAUCUUCCAAUAAUAAUCAUUAUUGUUUUUAUCGUUAGACAGAUCAUGAACACUUCCGAUAAUAUCGCAUGUAAAUUUAACAGAGAUCGCGUAUCUAUAAACUGAUGUAUAUUUCUGCAGACGGAAAAGGAAGCGGGCAACUAAGUACUUUGACCGAGAUAUUUGUGCAAUUAGGGAAAAAGAAUUUCGAAGAGAUCUUUCUUAUGUUACUUCGAAGUUGCGAUGUAAAACAUGUACUUUUUGCACGAAGAAUAUCAGAUGAAAGUAUAGUUUCGUAAGGUCUCGGAAGAGCAUCACAUAUGUUUCAGAAUAACGAAUUGAGAUAUUUUGUAAAGACUACUCUGAUGAUUCAGGAUAAUACUCGAUGUUAUUGCGAAAAAAAAAGGAAAGAGAUUAGUGACGAAAUAAAUAAACAAUAAUCUGUA